AAUCUCUAGCCUAUCAGCGCGACGCUCCUGACCGGAAAUAUAUAAUCAGCCAAUCAGCUUUGAACGGCAGAAUUUUCAAAACUGACCCGCCAUGUUGUUGUUAUUUUUAGUUCUAACUUGGAAGUCGUUUAUCCGAGUACUUCCAUCCAUAAAGGUUGCUAGAUAGUUGGACUGCUAGAACUUGGAUAUCACCAAUAAUAAUUACAUUUUAAACAGGAUCAUGGACUCAAUGGAAGCUCGUUUCGGCCACAUGCGUCAGCGUGACACCAGUGUGGACAUGCUGCGGGUGAAGAUGUCUCGGAGACGGUCGCAGUCCCAGAAGGAGAACCGAGACAAGGCCCUGAACAGCCGCAGACAGCUUGACAAACUCCCCGAACUGGAAUGCUCUCAACUGGACAUGUCUGUUGCUGAACAUGUGUCAGUAAUUCAGGAAAAAGCAUCGAAUGCAAAACAAGUGAAAAACACUGCAGUGGAGGAGCGAAUUAAAAAGCUUGCACGCUACAAAGAGAAGAAGGAGCUUGUGAAGGAGAAAGAGAAGAGGGCAAGGGAGAAGAAGGGGGUGUUUAAAGUUGGGCUAUACCGGCCCCAGCCCCUGGCCCCUCUACCUCAGGCCCCAGCUGCCACGACCAAAGCCAUGGCAACAAUGACAGUGGUCCUGCCCCAAUCCACCAGAGUGACGCGCUCAACCAUGAGGCAGCAGGCCCCCAAGGCACCACAGACUAUUGACACUGUCCCUGCUUCAAGAAAAGUUGAACCAGCUGUGGUCAGGUCAACCAGGAGAACCAAGAUCACUUUAGGUGAACCAGUCGUCAGAGCCCCAUCCACAAGGUCAGCUAACAGGCCUCUGGUCUCUGUGGCCCCGGUGGCAAAGGACAAACCUGCUGCAGCUCCCAAGCAGUCUGCAUCACCACCUGUUGGCAGAGGGAGGAACACCAGGGGUGAGCUUUGGCAGCUGACAUCCCACGCUUCAUAUGCAUUAUUCCUCUACAGCAUUUCAUGUGGUUUCCCCCAUUUUAUUUCUGCAUUAAAAAAGAAAGAAAAAAAGUACAUUUUGACAUUCUCUUUAGGCAAUACUGAAAGCAAUAAGCAAGCUGCUGUAAAAGUGAAAAAGCCAGUGGAGGAGCCCAGGGCUGCCAGCCCGCCACCCCCCAGUGUAAAGGAGGAGAAGAUGGUAGAAGACCCUUCCCCUGCUGAUCCAGAACCUGUCCCAGCCCAGGCCUCCUCCCUCCCCCCUCCAGCCCCUACCCCGUCCUCCUUCGCUCCUCAGGGCUUUGUGUUCCAGGCCCCAGCAGGCCUGUCCACCUUCAAGCCCACCCCUCUCACCCCCCGCUCUGCAGACUCCUUCUUCAAACCCAGUGUCCCUGCCUUUGUACUACCACCUGUGCCACUCUGGCUCUCUGACUUGGUGCCCAAAAUGGAGCUCAGUGCUCCCUCUCCUGCCAAGUCCCCUGUUCAAUCCCCGCCUUCUCCUACUCUGGCCCCUCAGUGUCCCCAGGAACCAGAGCAUGAUGUGCCCUACUUUAGGUUGGUGGUGGUCAGUGAGACCGAGAGACUGACAGCAUUUUGUCAGCAGUGGGAGCCCAGGGUGGAUGAUGCCUCUAUCCCUGAAGAAAUGCGGGACCGUAUGCGUACUGCGGUGGGGCAGGCCAGGCUGCUGAUGAAGGAGAGGUUUGGUCAGUUCUCUGGCCUGGUGGAUGACUGUGAGCUUGGCAGAGGAGAGAAGAUCACCACAUGCACUGACUUGCAAGGCUUCUGGGACAUGGUCUACUACCAGGUAGAAGACGUGAACAAUAAGUUUGGUGCUCUGAAGGAAGCAGAGUCUCAGGGUUGGCAGGAGGAGAGAAAGCCCCCACCACGACAGAGGAAGGUGGUCAAGAAGCCGGCCUCUGCUCCGGUGGCAAAACCUGUUGGUGGAGCUGCCGCCAAGUCUCGUCUGGCUGCCAUCAAGGCUGCUAUUAAGCUCAAGCAGCAGGCUGCAGAGGCAGAGAAGGCAGUCCAGGCUGCAGGGCCAGGCAGAGCUGUGGAUGACCCUGCUCCAGCUCCUCAGGACCCCCAGGCAGAGAUCUUGGCCCCAGAGUCACCGGUGGUGGUGUUCCAGGGAGGCUUCUUCCAGGUGGAGAGUCCCGCCAAACUCACAGGCUCUGUGAGGAGAUCAACCCGUGUAGCUGCCAGGCCGCCUCGGGCAUCUCCCUGCUCUGUCACCAAGUUCUCCACCCCCGUCAGAACCCGCCACUCCAACGCUGCUGCAGCUGCACAACCCUCUACUCUCCCCUGCCUCACCCCUGCUCGCUCCACCCUCACCCCUGCUCGCUCCACCCUCACCCCUGCUCGCUCCACCCUCACCCCUGCUCGCUCCACCCUCUCCCCUGCCCGUCUGUCUGAUGCCACCCCACUCUGCACCCUGGCCCCCACCCAGAAUAGCCCCACCAGAGUCUCUCUCUGCUUCUCACCAGUCAAAGAAGCUUUGAUAGACGUCCAGUCAGAGGAAGGCCCCAGCUACCAACCAGAGCUAGUCUCUGUCCAGAAUGAAGUCACUCCUGACCAACCAGAGCCUGAGAGCAUGCAGGAAGCUUGUGACCAAUCGGAGGUUGUCACAGAGACCACUGUUUGCCAUGAGGAGCACAUUGAGAGCUCUGAGUCUGAGAAAAUGAGCCAAUCGCCAUCCAACACGCAACAGCUGACCAAUGACGAAAUGCCCCAAGAAGUCUUCAGCCAAUCGGUGUUGGCCGCAGAGGAGCCCAACCAAUCAGAGCUCCUGGCCAUGCCUGAAGUGAGCAGCACUUUGGCUACCCAGUCAAUCCUAUCCUCUACCUCACUCCAGGACAGAGAAGAAGAUUUAGAGGCCUACGAUAUCAGCCUACCCAUCUCCCCAAGGCUUCCCCUCUCUCCUUCACUGCCCCACACUCCCACCUAUGGAGCAGAGUUCUCCCCAGUCAGGAGCCCUGCCUUCAGCUUCACCCUCUCCUCCAAUCCAGCCAGGCCAAAACCUACUGAGGACAGCCUAGCUUCCCUCUGCUCACCCUGCCUGGUGCCCUCCUCUCCUACUGUCCAGGUCUCCCUCAGCGUCUCGGCUAAUGCCGAUGUGACAGUGACUCCAAACAGUUAUAUCACUGAGAGUCUUCUGGGGUUGGAGUUUGAGCGCUACCUCCAACCUGUAGCAAGCUGCAGCCUGUCGCCACGGGAGCUGGCUGUUGCUGAGGAGAUGCUGUCGCCCAUGGCGAUAGACGUAGAAAUGGAGAGUCCGAUGGCUCAGUCUGGAGAGCCCACUUGGGAGGAAGCGUCGUCUCCCACAGCCAGUUGAGUCGGACAUGUUGCUGUUCACCCCUGAUCAGAUGGACAGAGUGAGACAGUCAAUGUGCCCCAGUGACCUCAUGUCAUUCACACCUCCAUCUAAUAGAACAAACAACUGAUGAGAUCGAUUUGCUUAACUGCCGUUUUUUCCCCUCCAUUUCGACUAGUUUUUAUUGUCUCAAGAAAAUAAUUUUGUUUAAAUGCAUUGGUACCUUUUUCUAAACUCCUAAUUGUCAGAAAAGUGUUUUUAUGUAACUUCAACAGAUUUUCAAGAAGUUUCCUUAAAUUCUUUGUGCUAUGUCUACUACACCUUUUAUAUUGAAAUACCAAAAAGGCUCCAGGUAGUGUUUCCUAACUAUUAAGCACAUUUUCUAUGGUGCCCAGGUGUGUGCAGUAAAAAAAAAAAAAAAUUGAACCAAGAGUUUAUAUAUACCGGUAGCCUAAAUUCUUCUAUGUUGAAUAUGCAUUCUGAAAAACCUUUUGGUUUGUGUAAAUAAAAUGUUGAUUCUUCUAA